AUGCUACGUAAAACUUCUCGGCUACUAACCCAGACGUCACGUGACGCAUACAACAGUAUCAUUGUGUCUCGACUGGCUGUGUUCAACAGUCUGGGAGCUUUGGCGAAUACCGCUUUCAUUGUCAAAGACAACAUUUCCACAACCGAUGAGCCUACCAGUUGUGGGUCGCCGAUGCUUAAGGAAUAUGUGAGUCCCUUCAAUGCCUCUGUCGUUAAGCUUCUAGAGGAUGCAGGUCUGACCAUGGCUGGCAAAAGUAAUUUGGACGAAUUUGGUAUGGGUUCUGGCACCACGUUUUCAGUUCAUGGACCUACGAUAAAUCCUAGAUACUCCGAGAAAAGAGUUUGUGGAGGAUCAUCAGGAGGCUCAGCAGCCGCGGUAGCUGCCGAAUUGGCCGAUUUCGCCUUAGGAACAGACACAGGUGGCUCGGUUCGCCAACCGGCAAGUUACUGUGGAAUUGUCGGUUUUAAGCCGACUUAUGGGCGUAUAUCAAGAUAUGGAGUGGUUGCAUAUGCUCAGGGCUUCGAUACGGUGGGAAUUUUGGCUCGUGAAGUAGCCACUGCCGAACGAGUGUUCAAAGUUUUGAACAAAUACGACGAGAAGGAUAUCACGUCUCUUCCUCAGUCUAUAAGAGACCAGAUUACCAGCAACAAGAGGGAUACGACCUCGUUAGUAAUAGGAGUACCGAAGGAAUUGCUUUUGGCCGAGAUAAGCGAAGAUGUGACGGUUCAAUUUGAGAAGGUCCUCACCAGACUCAUGGAUUUGGGUCAUACCAUUAAACCAGUCUCGAUUCCUUCAAUUGGCAAGCUGCUUUCGGCGUACUACACACUUGCCACGGCUGAGGCAGCAUCAAACUUGUCGAGAUUUGAUGGAAUCGUUUAUGGGUCUGACUCAGACUUUUCCAGUGGAAUGGACAGAAUCGCUCACAAUAGAAGUGUAGGGUUUGGUGCUGAAGUUCAGCGACGGAUUGUCUUGGGAAAUUACACCCUCUCGUCAGAAUCAGGCGACUACUUUUUGCGGGCAACUCGAGUCCGCAGACAACUAGUUCAGGAACUCAACGACAUUUUCAUUAUGGCCAACCCACUUACUGGAGAAGCUGGAAACCCGGGUGGAUGUGACUUACUCAUUUCUCCCACCGCAUUUGGCCGUGCACCAUUAUUGGAGGAGUUCGAAAGCGACACCCAGUCGAAUUUUCUCAAUGGAUACAUCAACGAUGUAUUGACGAUCCCAGGGUCGAUGGCAGGUUUACCCUCGAUUUCUGUUCCAUGUGAAGAUAAAGAUUUCGGAGUCCAGAUCAUGGGACAAUUUGGUGAUGAUAUGAAAGUAUUGGAGGCAGCAGAAAUCGUGGAAAGAAAAUGA